ACGGGGGGCGAGGGACGGGCAGAGAGCGGUUGAGCGUGCGUCAGCAGGUUGGCGAACCGGACGCGAACCUGGCCCCGUGCCCGAGGCAAGCAGGUUGUGGAUAAACAUCUUCUGGACCGGGUGUGGCGGCAGCGUCUCGCAGGCCGGACGACGGGUGGAAACGUUAGGCGCGGCGCUCACGAAACUUGUGGUUCCAAGCUCGCGCGGUACACGUCAGUGACCGGGAAUGUCCUGAAGGCGGAAGGUGGACUCGGCUCAUCCGUCGUUCGAUGCGAUCGAGGUCUGAAUCCCUGCCUCGGCCCUUAGUCAUGGCGGGGAGAGCUAUCGCUAUGCCCAGCGCACAGACAGGAAAGGUGGGGGUGCAAUUUGUGGUGGGCUGCAAAAGAAUCUGGCGGAAUUCGCCUCUUUUAGCUUUAUUCGGGGUCGAGUUCUGGCUCCAGAGCAUCGACUGAUUGGUUAAAAGAGCAGCGAGUGACGAUUGCUCCUCGGCCUGCGCCUAGGUUGGCUACUCUGCUCGCCUGCUGCUGCUAGGGCGAAGGAGGGCAGGCGAGGCAUGUGGAAGAGAGGAUCGGAGAGUUGUUUGGAAUCUCUAUCCACCUGACAGACAUCGCUUGAAGGCCAUGAAAAUCUUCUUGGCUUCCAGGUACUCUGGAGUUGGAGUCGGAUGGAUGGAGGAGAAAAAUGUCCCACGAGCGAGCGAGUGAUUGCUGGUCCCGAGAAGGGACAAAAGAGAGAAAGCCGAUGGCUAAAUUUGAAAUCCAGAUGGACAAAUGCAGCAUGCCGCUUCCCUCUCCUUGCUUUUCCUUUGUGCUGUCAACGUCGAGGCCCCUGGAGUUCGUCUGUGUUGUGGUGUCCUUCUACGACGAGUUUAUAAUUAUCUUCAGAAAGUGUGCUGGGACGGAGGGUUCGAAGUGUUGUGGAAAGAAUGAGGGAGCGAGAACUGUCAAUGCAUUCGCCCAACUGUGUUGGAGUGACAAGUGGAGAGCCUCAAGAAUUUUAACAUGGUUUGUGGAGCUUAUUGUUUUAAAAAGGCUCCUAACACCUACCAGACGCUGUGUUCGUGCCACACAAGCAUGUGGGAUUUUACAAGCAUUCUAAAUAACAUAACGUAUACGUACUGAUGUACCCACAUUGCAUAUCGUGAUUGGAUCCAAAUAUAUCCUACUUUUGGCUGUUUUUCCGCUUACUGGGGAGCUCAGUGAUAUCCGAUGGCAAAUGGUGAUCAUCCAUCAUUUUACUCACUCCUUGCCCGCGCUCUUUUUAAGCAAGUUCCCGAACCUGAAGAUUGAUCCAAUCCGACAAGUGUGAUCCAGAACACCAACUCCCAGAUAGGAAGUUUCAAGCAGAAAGUGUCUCUUUGCUUCACUAGGACUCCGGGGGCUGUUUCCUAAAAAUCACCAUGGCUUUCAGGGAGGUGUCAAUAUCCAGUUGCUGGAUAUAGACCUUCUCCCUUUCUGCCCGCCGUAAUUGGAACGGGACCAGAGUUUGACUUCACCACCUUGCAGCAGAUCGGCUGCUAGCGUACCAGGAUUCCUUCUCUCUUGUUGACUUCACACACACUCACACGCACGUCCAUAAGGUCCCAGAAUCAUUCCCUUCUCACAUCCAGUACCAACAAUAGCGUCUGUUACUGCUACCUUUUGAUGUUUUCUUGCGAGAUUUGCUUACGGUAAAGUAGCGUGUAAGUCCCUAGUCGACUUUUCACAGUAUAAUAUCUGUGGGUCGUCAAUAUUCACCGCGAAGACGAACCUAAUAAUUCGCUGAGUUCCCCAUAUUUGUACAUAGUUGUGAGAUUUACAUCCUACCAGGACUUACGGGCUACACGAAAUGGAAAUGUAACUCCAUAAUAAAGCAG